AUGGUGUGUGAUGGAAAUACACCACUUGAAACACCGGUAUUAACAACAAGAAAUGCCAAAAUUGUUACCAUGACUGGUGUAAUUAAUGCAGUUUCAACUCUAAGAUGCCCAGGUUGCCAUAUGAUCUACAGAUACAAAGAAUGGCAUGAUGGACUUCACAAUUUUAACGACUACAUUCUUCUGAGUCUUGAGCUUUGUCUUCAUCUUAGACACAGUUUACAGAGUCACGUUUCUGUCUCCAGGGUCAUUGAUACUUUGGAGAGCCUUCAGGUAGUGAAAUACCCAAAUCGAGACACUGUACUCCAUGCUUACUGUCAUUUUGAGGCCUUAGCAGACCUUGAUUAUACAUACUCUUGUGUAAACUGUGGUUACCACCCCCCUGUGGUAAUCAUGGAUUUGCAUAAGAAAGGUGUUUUCCGCAUGGCAGUUAGUGACCUCAAAGAACCACCAUCAGAGUUCAAAGGGGAAGUAAACAUUGAGGAAUUCUGGCAAUCAGUGGAUCUGGAGAUGGUUGCACGUGGCUUUGUUUCCAGUAAGUAAUUGUAUUUAGGUACAUAAAGUCCCUUUAAGACCAGUCAUUUCACUCAGUGGCCAUCUUUGAAAUGCAUUCCGGGCAUGCAAUUACAUCCCCUGUCUCUUUAAAAGGGAAGCAUCAAAUUCUCUAAAACUGUUCGCAAGCUUACAAUUAAAUUUUAUAUUUUAAAUCAUCAGUGAAACCUGAAAACAACUGUCUGAAAUAUUGUUUCUUUUGCUGAAAUAACAUAAUUUUUUUUUUUUAGUGUGCAUACCCAAUCUUAAGUGGACAUCUCAGAAGACUGUUUCUAUAGCUACCGUGACUUUGCUGAUUAGCGAUUGGCUCUUUUAUU